GGAAGUGGGGGCGCGGCGGCCGGGAGCGGGCCAGGGGCCGCUGGGGUGUUCCGCAACGCCGAGGGAGUGAGACUCCGGGCCGCGCGGGAGCCGGAGGGCCACCCGGGUCUCUGCGGAGACGAUGGCGGCGGAAGAAGGACCAACCAUAGAACUGCGCCAAAGGAAAAAACCAAAGUCUUCAGAAAAUAAGGAAUCUGCCAAAGAAGAAAAAAUCAGUGAUACUCCUCUUCCUGAAAGAACUCCAAAACAUGUAUUAUUUCAGCGCUUUGCAAAGAUUUUCAUUGGCUGUCUUGCAGCAGUUACUAGUGGUAUGAUGUAUGCUCUCUACUUAUCAGCUUACCAUGAACGGAAAUUCUGGUUUUCCAACAGGCAGGAGCUUGAACGGGAAAUCACAUUUCAGGGUGACAGUGCUAUUUAUUACUCCUAUUAUAAAGAUAUGUUAAAGGCACCUUCAUUUGAAAGAGGUGUUUACGAACUGACACACAAUAACAAAACUGUAUCUCUGAAGACUAUAAAUGCAGUACAGCAAAUGUCUCUAUAUCCAGAACUUAUUGCCAGCGUUUUAUAUCAAGCAACUGGUAGCAAUGAGAUGAUUGAGCCAGUUUAUUUCUAUAUUGGCAUUGUUUUUGGAUUGCAAGGAAUAUAUGUCACUGCAUUAUUUGUUACAAGUUGGCUUAUGAGUGGAACAUGGCUAGCAGGAAUGCUUACUGUUGCAUGGUUCAUUAUUAACAGGGUAGAUACAACAAGAAUUGAAUACUCCAUUCCUUUAAGAGAAAACUGGGCACUACCAUAUUUUGCCUGCCAAGUUGCUGCACUUACAGGCUAUUUAAAAAGCAACUUAAAUACUUAUGCAGAGAGGUUUUGCUACUUGUUGAUGAGUGCUUCAACUUACACCUUUAUGAUGAUGUGGGAGUAUAGCCAUUAUCUCUUGUUUCUUCAAGCAAUAUCUCUGUUCCUGCUAGAUAUCUUUUCAGUGGAACAAAGUGACAAGGUUCACGAAGUGUAUAAAAUCUAUAUAUUUUCUCUCUUUCUGGGAUAUUUACUGCAGUUUGAGAAUCCGGCUUUAUUGGUAUCUCCUUUAUUAAGUUUAGUAGCAGCCUUAAUGCUUACUAAGUGCCUUCAGCUAAAUGUGAAGAAAGGAACUUUUGUAGCUAAAAUAAUGAAAGUGAUUAAUUUUUACCUGGUGUGUACUCUGACAGUGACAUUGAAUAUUACAAUGAAGAUGUUUGUCCCACACAAAGAAAAUGGACAUAUGCUGAAAUUCCUUGAAGUAAAAUUUGGACUAAAUAUGACUAAGAAUUUUACGAUGAAUUGGCUCCUCUGUCAAGAGUCCCUCCAGGCACCAUCUCAAGAUUUUUUUUUGCGAUUGACACAAUCUUCUUUAUUACCAUUCUAUAUUUUGGUCUUAAUAAUUUGUCUUCUUUCUAUGACACAAGUUAUUAUUAGGAGAAUUAAUGGUAAGUCCCUGAAAGAAACUGUUACUCUUGAAGAUGGACGAAUUGGAGAAAGACCAGAAAUAAUUUAUCAUGUAAUUCACACUAUUUUAUUGGGAUCUCUUGCAAUGGUUAUAGAAGGCCUGAAAUAUAUAUGGACUCCUUAUGUGUGCAUGUUAGCAGCAUUUGGUGUAUGUUCUCCUGAACUUUGGAUGACACUUUUCAAGUGGCUUCGAUUAAGAACUGUACACCCAAUAUUGUUGGCUCUUAUUUUGAGCAUGGCUGUGCCGACUAUAAUAGGUCUAAGUUUAUGGAAAGAGUUUUUUCCAAGAUUAAUGACAGAAUUAACGGAACUACAGGAAUUCUAUGACCCAGAUACAGUGGAACUUAUGACCUGGAUAAAAAGGCAAGCUCCAAUUGCAGCUGUAUUUGCAGGGAGUCCUCAGUUAAUGGGUGCAAUUAAAUUAUGCACUGGAUGGAUGGUGACAAGCUUGCCUCUUUACAAUGAUGAUGAUCUCCUCAAGAGAAAUGAAAAUAUUUAUCAAAUCUAUUCAAAGCGAUCUGCUGAAGAUAUUUAUAAAAUACUGACGUCCUACAAAGCUAACUAUCUAAUUGUGGAAGAUGCUAUCUGCAAUGAAGUCGGAACCAUGAGAGGCUGUAGGGUUAAAGAUUUAUUAGAUGUUGCAAAUGGCCAUGUGGUUUGUGAUGAAGGUGACAAGUUAACCUACUCAAAAUAUGGACGAUUUUGUCAUGAGGUCAAAAUUAACUAUUCUCCAUAUGUGAAUUAUUUUACUAGAGUAUACUGGAACAGAUCCUACUUUGUGUAUAAAAUCAACACUGUGAUAUCCUUCCAAUCUUGAAAAAUAACAGAGCCUUCAUUUCAAAGACUUAUGCUACCUGAGAUUUUCUUUUACUUAUACGGUGUCUGAUGCAAAUCAGAGUAUGGACAUUUGAAAUGCUGCUGCAUUUUUCCCUCCUGCUGUUAACUGAGUCCAGGAUUUUGUGGGAAACAGGAUGUCAAAUCUAUUACUCUGCAAUAUUCCAGGCAGGUUUCUUGCUUCGUAUUAUAUGAUCUUUAAAGAUUUUACCUAUUGCAAAGUUUCCCCAUAAAUCUAUAAUAAUAUUGAUUUUGAAUUUGAAUUUGUUCAAUGUCUCAAACAUACUACUUCAUAAAUACUUAAUGUGAUAUAGUUAUAUAAUAAAAAAAGAUUAUUCUUCAAGCAGCUUUCUGAAGGUGUUUAGUUGUUUAUAGCAACUGAAAUUUUACAAUAAAAACUUAAUUUAAAUGUUAGUUGAAAAUACGUGACAUUUAAAUUAAAAUGGAAAUUAUAUAAAAGAAAGUGAUUUUCAAGGAUAUACAUAGUGAUACAUCCAGAAUUUUCCAUGACACUGCUUUCAUCAUCUGCUGUGUAUACAAAUGAGCACUUUCUUAGUAAUACAUAGCACAUGUUAUUUCAUUUUGUUACUUUAUAACUGUUAAACAAUUAUCUUUUUUCACUUAUGUUGUUUAAUUUGAUAACACUUAAAUCAUGGUAAAACAGUAACUCUUGUUACAUCUCUAUAUAUUUUUUAAACGGAUAUCGAAAAGAAUGUUUAGAAUUUUUAAAAAAUAUGAAUAUUAGGGUAUACAUUCUAUUCACAUGAUUUCUAUGGAAGUAUUAAGUAAAAAAUUUAAAAAAUAUGUACAGUGAGCACCAAUUUUAUGAAGUAUAUAUAUGCAGAUGCUGAUAAACAUACCUCUGCAUACAGAUAUGUUUAUUAUAGAAUGUAAGUAAUGUUAUUUAAGAAGCCGUAAUAUGAUUUUCAUCUUUAAGAACAAAAUGACAAUUACAAUAAAAUUUACAGUGCAGUUUCACAGCAUAAAUGCUUGUUCCUUUGAGUAUUUUAAUAUUUGUAAUCAUCUAUUAAAAUAAAUUCUAAAAUAAUUUUUUAAAGAGAUUCAGUAUAGACGUAUCAUUUUGAUGAGUGCAUGAACCGUUUUACCUUAUACACCUGUUCAAUGAAUAGGUUUUCAAACUUUUCACUUGUUAGAGGGCUGUAAAGAGUACAUUUUCAGAACUCUAAAUUACUACAUUAGGAGGGAAUAUCUUUCUAUUGUCUUUCUUUUCAUCUUUUUUAUACACACAUGUAUAUACAUAUAUAUAUUAUAUAUAUAUAUUUUAAAUACUUGCAUUCUUAGAGUAACUCUAGAAUGCUUUGCUUUUUUGGAGCUUAAGAAUUGUUUGACAGCAGUGUCAUAUCUGAUGUUUUAGUUUCAUUGGUUCUCAUUUCAUUUUUUAUAUAAUUGUUUUAACUAUGUUAAGAUAGCUACAGAUAUUGUACUUCAGAUUGACUCUGUACAUUUUAGUAGUGAGUCGUUCAUAUUUAACAUCAAGCUUUUUGAAAAUAUUACCAUAUUUACCUAAGAACACAGUGAAUAGUCACAUGGUAGUACAUAUGAUUAGAGCAUGUAAAACAAUGUAAUUUAAAAGCCAGAUUGCAAAUUUUGAAGAGGACACACAGAACACCCUGCUUUCUAUGUAGUGUGGAAAUUUUUUAUUUAAUUUUUAUUGAUAUGUAUUAUGAUCACAUUCUGAAUUAGUUUUGGUUGUUGUGUUUGUUUUGUUAUAUCAAUAAGUUGCUUUUACUCUUGUCAACUAAAUUCUUAAAUAAAAUAGAUGGAGAAAUUUUUAAUUGAAAUUUUUAAAUAAUGAAUUUUUCAUUCAGCAUAAAUUGAAAGGGACAAGUAAUAUGAGAGAUAAACUUAUUUGAUUCAACUGUACCAUAUUGUAUUUUAAACAACAGUACUAGAAAACUUCAAAUUAGAAGGAUUUAAUUAUUUCCUUCUUUAUAGAAUAAUAAAUGAGAAUUCUGCAAGUAAUUAUACUUGGGCAACUUAUAGUUGUUAGGUUUGACAAUAAAGAUCUAUUAAAGUAUCAAAGUUAGUGGGUUUUGGAUGAAAAGGAUUUCUCAGAGAAAUACAAAAUACUUUGCCCUGGAUUUUGCAAACCCAUCAAAUUAAGUGCCUUAACUUCUGUAUUUCUAAGUUACUUUUUUAUUUUCCUAAAAUUAUCGCCUGUUUUCUUUUUCCUAAGAAAAUGAUGGUAACUUUUUCCUUAUUAAUUAAAAAAAAGAGUGUAGCUCAGUAGUAGAACACUUGCCUAGCAUGCAUGAAGCCUGGUUUCUAUCCUCAACACUGCAAAAACUAUAAAGAUUAAAAAAAAAAAAAAGAAAAAAAGAAAGUCCUUCCUAUGUUAUUCUCACUAUUAGCUUCAAUUCAAUAAUAAACAAA